GCCGCGCACGCUUAUGGGAGAAGUACCGCUACUCGGUUACAUGUGGAAGAUCGAGGGAAGAGAGAGAAGAAGGCGGCGCGUGGACGGGAGAGUGGGGGUCGCUGCGAGAAGACGACCCGGAGACCGAGCGAGCGAGAGAGAGAAGGGGCACUUUGAUAGGCACGAUCACGAAAGAAACGAAGAGGGAACGAGCGACCUCUUCGUCCAACCGCCGAAGAGCGGGUAAGUCCGGCCCGCACCCUGACCCACAAGCGACUCCGCCAGUCGGGCAAUAAGGCCCCGGACGAUCAGGGUUGGCAAACUCGCAGUCGAGUGACACGUGCGCAUACAGUGUCCACGGGUGCAUCAGCUGUUUCUCGAGAAGCGUCAACGUCACCAUGAGGCUCAUCGCCCCUUCGGGGUGGCUACUCUUCGUCCUCGCCUUGACCAGGGUCAAGGCCCAGGACGACGAGUCCUUGGCCGGCAGCUUCUUCUCAGGACUCUUGGACUCUCUGACGAGCACGGCGAACAGCGCGGACUGCCCCGGGGUGUGCGUCCACGCUUUCGCCACCCUGAUCUGCUACGAGGUGCUGGAGGACGUGCAAUGCCCAACGGCCAGCAUGCGAUGUUGUAUCGACACGCCGACCAACUCCACGGAAACGUCCGGAAAUUCGUCGGAAAACGCCAUCGCCGCGACGACGACGGCGCCCACGACGACGACCACGACAACGACGUCGACGACGUCGACGACGACGUCGACGACGACGACGGCGGCGACGACGACGGAGUCGUCCGCGGACAGCCAGAAGGACAAGGACGGGGAUGACGAGGCGGCCGCGAGGACGUGUUCCGGGAUCUGCAUGGCGGAGCGGAUCGCCGACUACUGCGACGCCGUUCUCAGGGGCGACUCGCUUUGUAAGCCAGGGUACCGAUGUUGCGUAUCGAGGGACGCGUUCGGCGACUCGCCGCCUCCCGAGCUGCUGGUGAUAGACAGAACCAAGUCGAACUCGUCGCACGGCGACGAGAGGACGACGCCAACCCCGAAGACGCCCUCGACGACCGAGAGGUCCGUCUUGUCCGCGACGUCGACCACCGCCGCGACGGCCGUCCCGGCGACCACUACUCCCGCCAGACCCAGACCCAAGCCCGAGAUGAGAAGACCUUGCAAGGGAGAAUGCGUGAACGGGCUCUUCGCCCUGUUCUGCGACAAAAUCGACCAGCACGCCGACUGCCCAGGAGACGGGUCUUGCUGCAUCUCGGAGCCUCCGGCGAAGACGGAAUCGACCACGACCACGGUGCGACCAACGACGAGGCCACCUCCACCCAGGCUGCCGGCUUGUCCAGGUUUCUGUCUUCUGACCAUCAUGGCGGCGUUCUGCGAGCGCCCUAGCGUGAUCGUCCCCAAGACGUCGACCUGCAACUCGGGCUCCAUCUGCUGCGACAACACGCACAGCGUGACGCAGACCCCCAGGCCGAGACCACGGCCGAGACCACGGCCGACUCCGACUCCGACUACGACGACGGUGGCUCUCCCGCCGGAUCCUCGCCCGGAGUGCCCUGGGUCCUGCAUCGUGUCUUACUUGUCCUUCACCUGCUUCCGCAACGCCGAGCUGACGGGCCUCUUCAAGUGCAAGAAGUUGGGGCACCAGUGCUGCGCCCCGAAGUCGCUCAUCAGGGAAUACCAUACCGGGAACUCUAGCGAGCCGGUGCUGCACAACAGGAACGACACCUUCCUGGCCGGCACGACGCCGUUCACCGCCAGCGUCUUCGAGACCACGACGGCGAUGCCGGUGACGACGACCACGAAGAGUCCCGUCUACAGCAAGUACGUGUGCGGCGUCAAAGGGACCUCCAGAGGGCCGGUUCAGGCCCGAAGUAACGGAAGAGGAGCGAGAGUCGUCGGAGGGGAGGACGCCGACGCGAACGAGUGGUGUUGGCAGGUUGCUCUGAUCAACUCUCUCAAUCAAUACCUCUGCGGUGGAGCUUUGAUCGGGACGCAGUGGGUGCUCACCGCCGCGCACUGCGUCACCAACAUCGUGCGGUCAGGAGACGCCAUUUACGUGAGGGUCGGGGAUCACGACCUGACGAGAAAGUACGGGAGUCCCGGUGCUCAGACUUUGAGGGUGGCCACUACGUAUAUCCACCACAACCAUAACAGUCAGACGUUGGACAACGACAUCGCGUUGUUGAAACUCCACGGACAGGCCGAGCUGAAGGACGGCGUGUGCCUGGUGUGUCUGCCCGCGAGAGGAGUCAGCCACACGGCAGGGAAGAGGUGCACCGUUACGGGUUACGGAUACAUGGGAGAAGCGGGGCCGAUCCCUCUCAGAGUUCGCGAGGCCGAGAUACCGAUCGUCAGCGAUGCGGAAUGCAUCAGGAAAGUCAAUGCCGUCACCGAGAAGAUUUUCAUCUUGCCGGCGAGCAGCUUCUGCGCCGGAGGUGAACAGGGCAACGACGCGUGUCAGGGCGACGGAGGAGGUCCUCUAGUUUGCCAGGAUGACGGAUUCUACGAAUUGGCAGGUUUGGUCUCUUGGGGUUUCGGGUGUGGUAGAAUCGACGUACCAGGGGUAUACGUAAAAGUGUCCGCCUUCAUCGGUUGGAUCAACCAAAUCAUAUCCGUCAACAAUCUUUAGUUUCCUUUCGUACUUCUCCCAUUUUACGUAGCUCGACGAAUUUCAUCUCGUGCGUCCAGUGAUGGAGCACGAAUUCAUCAGUAUUUCAAUUAUUCUGAGGUCAGGCAUCGGAUGGUAUAAAUCUAAGGACUAAGACCCUUAA